AGAAAUUGUCUGCUACUUCAUUGAAAGUUUUUAUUUGUGUUACGUUAAGGUAGUAUAAAGAAUACCAAGCAGUUAUCAAUGUGCGGCAAACGUUUACUGUGGUUCGUUAUUGUGGUAGUUUCUGUCGCGGGAGACUUCAACGACGAGACAAUAAAUGGAGUUGAUUACAAAUAUGCGGACAGAUCAGACUCUGAAGUCUCCUGGUUCAACGCACAACAACAAUGUACUACAGGUUUCUCAGGAAUCCAAACCGGGUACAUGAUUGAGGUCGCCACCGAACAGGAAUGGAUAGACAUAACGGAUGAACUUCCGUCAAACCAAGAUUUCUGGAUAGGAGCGAUUUUUAAUGGGGCGGAUGGGUGGUGGGCAAGUGGAAGAACUUUUGUUGAUGUGCUUACAAACGACUACUGGCAUAGUCAGCGUCCAUACUCCAACACCUUGAAUAGCCCACUAUGUGUAAAAACAAAGAAGUCUGGCCAAAUUAAAUGGAGACUUGAAUCUUGUACUUCCACUGCUCACACAUUCUGUCAAAACAAAUUAAAAACACCAGAGUUUCCCAUACGAAUGUUGGACACUUCUUUCUUUACAUUCUUCAGUCCAACAUUGAUUACAAAAUCAGAAAGUGUUAGUUACUGUGAAAGUCUUGGUGGAAGCUUGGUUAAGAUUACUACUACAUCACAAAAUGAACAUUUGACCAAACACAUAGCAACCUACUCUGAUACUGAUACAAAAUAUUUCAUUGGAAUAAAGUAUAUUUCUUCAAAUUAUGUUUAUGAGGAUGGGUCCAGUUUAACUUACACACCAUGGAGGUCCGGAGACCCAGAUCCUGUAAAGGAAUGCGCAGUAAUUGAUGGCUCUUUGUCAGCUAAUGCAAACUGGCACUCUGAGUCUUGUACCAAUACCCAUAAAGUUGUAUGUAGUACAGAUAAUUGGAUCCCGUUUCGUCCUUCAUACCAACAUUACAAAGUUGUUGAGACGGCUGCUACCUUUUCUGAUGCAGAGAAUGAUUGCAGAUCAUAUGGAGGACACUUGGUAACAAUAAACGAUCCAGGAAUACAGGGAUUCCUUGGCAAUGCAUUAAAUUACUCAACCUCCCCUGACCAAUGGUGGGUGGGUUUGUCUGAUCGACAAAAUGUUGGGACAUUCAAAUGGGAAAGUGGUGUAGAUGUGGAGUAUGUUCCUGUGAAUUCACUUAAUGACCAGAAAUGCAUCUCAUUGGAUAAGCAGCUUGGAUAUAAUGGAGUUGAACUCAGUUGCAAUGACAUGCGACCCUACGUUUGUGAACGAGAUCCAGGUACAGUGUCACCCUCUCCACCAGCAACAACACAAGCAGAAACAACCACACAACCAGAAACAAGCACACAAGCAGAAACAACCACACAAAUAGAAACAACCACACAAGCAGAAACAACCACACGAAUUGAAACAAACACACAAGCAGAAACAAGCACACAAAUUGAAACAAGCACACAAGCAGAAACAACCACACAAGCAGAAACAACCACACAAAUAGAAACCAGCACACUAAUUGAAACAAGCACACAAACUGAAACAAGCACACAAAUUAAAACAAGCACACAAGCAGAAACAAGCACACAAAUAGAAACAAGCACACAAAUGGAAACAAGCACACAAGCAGAAACAGGCACCCAAGCUUUAACAUCAUUUACUGAAACAAUAGUUUUAUCUACAACUCAGGAAAUAUCAAACACCACACCUAACUCUACAUACCUAACCCAAAAUGAAGUUCUUACCACCACACCCAAUAAACCAACAACCAUAACAAACUCACUUCAAAACACCAACUCAAACACCACCACCAUUACCAUUACGCAAGUACCAGAAGAAACAACAGCUGCAAAUGACUUGACUCCAUCAAUUGUUUAUUCAGGUGUAGCUUCUCUACAACAGGAAUCAAUCCCUACUUCUUCAACAGAUGGAAUUCAUCAUUUUUUAGUUGGUUUGACAGAUGCAAAUAAUCCAGUGUGCAUUGCAAUAUAUGUGGAUGAAGUAAUACAUCAAGUAUUUGACAGAGAUGAUGGAUAUUGUUUUGAUACAUUUAAUUGGAACAGUGAUGUUACAUAUGUUGAUUAUGUAGAAACAAUAAUUGUGAAAGAAAGAUUUUCUUGGGAGGGUGGUAGCUUUAUCAUUAGAGCUGAAUACUACAAUGGUCAAUCCAUACAGAAGUUUGGUAGUGAUCUUACAAUAAACAUUGGACCUAGGCCUCAACCUUACACAGUUAUAACAAGUUUGUACAUUGCAAGUUCCAUUAGCACAACUGCCCAUAUUGGGGUGGACUUUGAUUACUCUGACACCAAAGUUUGUUGCCUUGUGACCUUUAAUGAUAUCACUGCUAAUACUUUGCUGGUUCGUGCUGUCAAUGAGACAAAGUGUACUGCAUUUUUUCCACCAUCAGCAGUUGAUCAUGUGAUUCAUACUGUUGAUGAGGGAGAAAUAUCAACAACUGUUGAACACAAUUACAGGACACAUGGAGAGCACAAAAUCAAAGCCUUGUAUUUUAAUGGGGCAACUGUGUCUGCCAUUGAUUUAGUUUCAACUGACUUUGUUGUUGAUUAUCAUGGAUGCCUACCUACAUUUGAAAUUAUUAGCACGGAUAGCAAUAAUCUAACAAUCUACCGGUCCCAGUCCCUAAGUGUUGCCACUUACUUUUCUGUGGAUUGUGAUGGGGUGGAAUAUACUGCAUCGGAACUGGACGUGCAUAUUUCAUGGCACAAUCGAAACUGUAUCACUGGAAAAAGGAUUCAAGCAUUUCCUUAUUUCCGUGGAGUGUCAGCUGUUUUUCCCAAAAACACAUUUAAUUAUGGCUGUAACAAAAUAACAGUAAAUUUAUCUGUUCGGCCACCGGGAAGUAAUGGUGGGCCACCUACCACUGCCGAAACCAGCUUGUUGGUAUCGGUACUUCCUACUCCUCUUGUUGCUAAACUACCUGGUGGAAGUGUGAGGUAUGCAAGUAACAGCAAAGACCUGUUUAUUGAUGCGGAACAACAAUCCAUGGAUCCUGACACUUUACCAAAUAUGUCUUCUCAGUUGAAAUACAUAUUCACCUACCAACUGACUGAUGGUGGUAUUAUUUACGAACUUGGAAGUGGAAAGGAAAUGAGUCAUGGACCUGCAUCAAUUCAAGGAUCUCAGAAUGGUACACUACUGAUUGAGCUUCCAUCAUCCAUUGUGGGUGAGGUGAUUAAAGUUGAUGUUACAGUACUUGGUACACAGGGAAGGCAAUCUUUGGUUACACAAAACAUAAUAUUACUGGACAAUCCACCACCACUGACAGAGAUCAGGUGUAUUAGAAACUGUGAACUGAACAUUGUAAAUCCAUACAUAUCAUCAAUAUGGGAAAUUUACUUUUUUGAAGAACAUUAUAAUCGUGAAAUAUAUUCCUAUUCCUGGUCUGUGGAAGAAAUUGACGAAAAUGGUGAAUUGCACGAACUGGAUGGAUCACUUUUUGAUUCUUCGUACCAAGAAUUUGAGAUAUACCCAGACACUUUAUACUCUGAAUACAAACAUGUACUGAAAUGUACUGUAAUGAAUGUGGAUACAGAAGCACAAGUGCAAGUAACUCAACAGUUUACCACUGAUGAACCACCAUAUGGGGGAAGUUGCUUUGUGACACCGGAAGGAGGACAAGCAUUGGACACUCGAUUUGUUUUUCGCUGCACUGAUUGGAUAGCAGAUUGGUCAUUUGAUCAAGUGGAAACAUUUCAGCUUACAUAUUCCUUUUACAGUAACUCUUCAGGUUACUUGACAUUGCUCACUCAUUCAUCUUCAGGAAGAACUUCACCCACAAUUGUUCCAAGAGGAUUGAAGGAGAACAACUACACAUUAGAAGUUAUCGUUAAUAUUUGCAAGCGAAGAACUUUCUGUGCAACAACAAAAGUUAAAAUGCGAGUCACGCCGUCCACUUCAAGUGAUAGAAACUCAACACUUAGGAAUCUAGGACUUUCAUCUAUGACCCAAGAUGUUGCAGGUCUAGGUCAGUUAGCAAGUGCUAUGUUCACAGAAGAUGAAGAUUAUGAUGAUUAUUCUGAGUGGGAAUAUGAUGACAGGGUUCAGAUCCGCACAAAAUUCAUUGAUGCAUUAGAUGACAUGUUGAAUAGCACAAGCGGAACACGUACAGCAAAUGAUAUGUUUCAGAUGUCAAAUGUUCUUCGUGAAUCCACAAUAAAGUUUGAGCAUCUUUCAGAGGAAGCCACCUUCAGUGGUAGCACUGUGGUAAAGAGGUUAGGUCAAUCUAUGUUGGAAGCAUUGGAUGCAGAUGAAGGAACUUUGGAUGCUGAGAAUGUCGUGGGCAUUGCAUCAGCACUUGUGUCGAGCAUGGGAAGUUUACUAGAAGCAUCAUCGGCUAACACAACAUAUGAAGUUGCUGAAUUGCUUCAACCUACCAAUGAACAAUACAAACCAAGUGGUGAUAAUGUCAAUGACCUUUCCCCUAGAGAGAUUGUGUAUUUGCAACAACAAGGGUCAGCAAGUCAAAAAUCUGCAAAUGCAAUGGAAAAUACAAAUCGAAAGUCAGUGGUCAAUAAUGUGUUCAACGGAGCAACUGAUGUUUCAAAAGCCAUGACAAGUUCACGAAUUGCAGUUACAAACAAAGUUGCUUCUGCCACAAGUAACAACAUGGCUAUAUCUGUUGUAACUGCCGAAUCUGGUAAACCUGUUGUAGCUUCAUCUAAUGUGGGAAAUUCUGUGACCUUCAAUGUCAAAAAUGGAAGCCAAAAUGUUUCGCUGGAAUCACUAAAAAAGAAUCCGUUUGUCUUUGACUCCACCUCUCUUUUAAUAAACUCUGGAGUUGUGAAAUUAAGUUUCACUGACACAGCUACAAACUUUGGUGAUAACAUAACAGUCUCCUUGAAAAAUUAUGAGUCAGCUGUAUCUUCAACCAACAUUGAAACAAGUGAAGGUAAAAUUUCGGUGAGCCGAUUUGAAUUAAAGACCAUUCAAAACUCGAUUCUAAUUUAUGUUGUUCCUAACUCUAUUGGAAGUAAAGUUAAUGUAUGGCUGAGUAUCGGUUCGCAACCAACAGUAGCAGCAUAUUCUGAUGAUCCUGAAGUUAAGUAUGACGUCUCUGAUUAUGUUUUCCAUCUUCCAAUAAAUGGUGCUGACAGGGUAACCAAUGAAAGUUACAAGCUCUUCAUCCCAGCUAAGCAGACAAAAGGUUCAGGGACUUACUUCAUGGUCACUGAAUAUUUUAGCACCACAAGUCGCAGGAAAAGAUCUACUGUGACUAAUUCAACUUUAAAUAAUUCAAAUAAUAGCAGCAGCAUGACCAUCAGUAUUUUUACCCCUGCGUGUCAAAUGUUUGACUCAUCAACCAGCUCAUGGAGUAAUGGAGAUUGCAAGGUCACUGAAGAAAGUACCAUAACAACAACUACAUGUGUAUGUCCUCAAAAGGCAGGCACGGCCAUUAUUGGUGCUGAAUUUUUUGUGGCUCCUAAUUUUAUUGACUUCUCAUCAGUAUUUAGCAAAGUAGAUGUGAUUGGUAAUGGUGCAGUGUUGUGGACCUUGGUGUCCUUUGUUGCCCUUAUGUUUCUCAUGUUUAUAUGGACCAGAAGAAGGGACAAGCAAGAUAUCGAAAAGUGGGCCAUAAAAAUAUUGGCGGACAAUGAAGAAUUUGAUUCAUACUUUUACAAGAUAAGUGUGGUGACAGGGAUGGUAAGAGGUGCUGGAACUAAAUCUACUGUUUACAUGAAGUUGGCUGGGCAUGAAAAUGCAACUUCAAUCAGAUCAAUGAAAGAUGCUUCAUGUAAAAAUUGGUUUGAACAAGGAAGUACUUGCCAAUUCCUACUGAGCACCCCAAGUAAUCUGGGUAACCUUGAAUAUGUCAAAAUAUGGCACGACAAUUCCGGAAAACAUAGAAAUGAAGCCAAUUGGUUCCUUUAUGAAGUUGUGGUACAUGAUUUGCAAAACAAUGAAACAUAUUUCUUUCCUUGUAACAAAUGGCUUGCUGUUGAAAUGGAUGAUGGAAAAAUUGAACGAUUACUUCCAGUGGCUGGAAGAGAAAACUUGUCUUCUUAUAGACGUGCAUUCUCAAUGACCGCUCGCCAGAAAAUAACAGAUGAACAUAUUUGGGUUUCAAUCUUUGUAAAUCGGUCUGCUAGCAAUUUCACUCGUUCUCAGCGAGUUGCUUGUGGGAUGCUCGCUCUGUUUCUUACCAUGAUCACAAAUGCAAUGUUUUACAAAGAUGCAACUGAUUCAACUGACAGCAGUUCUUUCGUGAUCAAAAUUGGACCAAUUAUUAUUGAUCCGAAAACUUUAUGGAUAAGUGUUGUGUCGGCUCUUAUCGUAAUCCCACCCUGCCUCAUGAUGAUUGAAUUAUUCCGAAGAACAGAAAGUAAAAAGAAGAGAAACAUUGUGAAAACAUUGUCAGAUGAUUCUGAUAAUAAUAAAAAAAAAUCAAAACCGUUUUUCUUUCCUUAUUAUUUUGCUUACUUGGGUUGGUUGUUUAUAUUUGUUGGGAUCGUGGCAUCAGGCUUUUUCACCAUCUUAUACAGUUUUCAGUGGGGAAAAGAGAAAGCAGAGCGUUGGUUAUCAUCCAUGAUGCUUAGCUUCUUUCAAGACUGUGGCUUAAUUCAACCUUUGAAGGUUUUUGUGCUAGCAAUGUUUAUUGCUUUAAUCUGUCGGAAAAGAAAAAAGUUUUCAAAGGACUGGAAUGAUACAAGUGAUGAUGUCAUAAUCAGACCUCCAUCAACAGCAAAUGGAUAUAAAGGGAUAAACUUACCAAACGGAAUUGAAACAAUUGAUCCUGAUGCAGAAAUACCUGAAGAAAAUCUUAAAAAGAAAGAGGAAGGAAUAAUCAAUGAGGAUGGUUUAAUCACAUGUCGGCUUAUUCGAAAACUAGAGAAGAAAUCAAUGCAAUUCUUUACAAACUUUCUCAUCUAUGUUUGCUACAUUGCUUUGCUUUUUUACAUCUCAUACCAUGGCCAUCAGGACAAACAUUUCUUUCGUGAGACAUCACAACUUCGAAACGUUUUUCAUGCAAAUAAGUUCCAAGAGGUGAUAAAAAUAGAUGACCUCUGGAAGUAUUAUGAGCAAGACUUUCUUCCCUCUAUUUAUCCACAAAUCGACUACAAUGAGAAGAAGAUGAAAUGGCAACAGCGCGUGUUUGUGAAUGAUGGAGCAAACUUUCGUGUUGGACCAGUCAGACUACGUCAAUUACGAUCAAAGAGUGAUGUGUGUGCUUCACUUUCAAAGUUUCCAAUUUUGUAUGAAUUUUCCAACUCAAGUGUGCGGUCAUGUGUGGAAGAAUACUUUGAGUUUCAAGAAGAUGAUUUAAACUACACGGCUGGGUGGAAGAAUGCAACAUUGAGAAGCACUUCUGAUGAACAAUGGAAUUAUAGGUCAGGUGAUAUAACACUGGCAACACCAACUCUUGGAAAAGUGGGUUUUUAUGGUGCUGGAGGAUACGUGGCAAAUUUAGGGGUGAACAAAGACACUGCAAUGUCAAGGUUAAAGUAUUUAAAGGAAAAAUUUUGGAUUGACCGACGAAGUCGUGCUGUUAUUGUUGAAAUGACGAUAUACAAUGUUCAUACAAAUAUCUUUGCCACAAUAUCUCUGAUGUCAGAACUACCUACCAGUGGAGGUGUGGUGGCUACAGCUCUUAUUCAUCCAUUUAGAUUGUACGUGCUACAAGACUCCACCAACAUAUUUGCUGCUGAUAUCAUAGUUGCCAUUAUUGUUCUGUAUUACAUGGCAAUGACAGUCGGGACAAUUAUUAAAAAGAAGCGAAAAUUCUUCAAAAAUCCAUGGAAUUAUUUUGGAAUGGCUCGUAUAAUCCUAGUUGUUUCAUAUGUUGGAAUGACUUUGGUAAGUCACAGCAUCCAAGAAGAAACAUUGGAAAAAUUUCAACAAAACACUUAUAUCUUUGCAAACUUCCAAACCCUUGCAACUUUGAAUGAAAAUCUAAGAUAUCUUGCUGGUUUCAUAAUAUUUUUAGAAACAAUGCGAGUUCUUGAGUUUUUUCGUCACCAAAAACACAUGAGGAAAUUUUCUCUUUUGUUUCUCAAAAGUAAAAAGGUCUUGGCAGAAUUUUUCCUUCACUUCUUACUAAGUAUGGCAGCAUAUGCGGGCACAGCAUUGAUUUUAUUUUCUCAAUCCUCAAUUAACUUUCAAACCUACGCAAAAACAUUUCAAUCUCUCUUUGGAAUUUUGCUGGGAGAUGAAACUUAUGAAGAAAUUAGUAUGAUAAACAGGGUAAUGGGCAAGAUUCUGUUCUUCGUUUUUAGCAGUCACAUCACUUUCCUUCUGGUGAACCUUUUCAUAGGAUUAAUUGACAUCCUCUUCCACGCAAUCCGUGAUGAUCCUGCUUCUGUAAAAUCAAUGAAGGGAGAAUAUUUUAUGGUGGCCAUUAUACAAGUUGUAAACUUCUUUCGUGGAAUGCUUAACCUUGAUAACAUCCUUUAUAACAUUGAAGAAAGUGAUGCAGAGGAAGAUGCUGAAGUGUUGGUAGUUGACAAACCUGAUAGUGCUGGUGUAAGCCAACCACUGGUAAGAAUCAGAAGAAAGAAAAAACUUAGAAGAAAACGAAGGAAUAGAAUUAACCCGAUGAAAAGUGGUAACCUGCUCAGAGCUGAAGAGUUAAGUGAAGCCCACUUGGAAGCAUUACGAAAACUUCGCAGGCUUGAAAAGGCAGUGAAUGAUAUCGACAUCUCAUCAGCACAGUCAAGAAGACAGAUCGCGGGUUUGGACCUUGAUGCCGUUGCCGACGACGUUGACUUCAUAUACGAGGGGAUACGCGACGAACUAAAAUAUCUGUAAACUGUAGCACUAGCUGUAGUAGUAGGCCGUUUGUGCUUUAGUCAACCUUUUUGUAAUAAAUAGAAAC